ACACGCACCAAGGAAUCAAAGGAGAGGGGACUUUAGGCAGAAAGAUGAGGCAGACGAGGAGGGGGAAGAUGACACACAGCUGGAAUCAUUAACUUGUGACUCCUGGGGGCUGUGGAGAUUUCCUACCUAACAAUUAAAGAGCUUUCAAAAUCAGCAACAGUGCGCGUCAACACUUGAACCCUCUGCAGGGAGCCGGUUACAUUUCCCCCACCAGAAUUGAAUCAUUCAGCCUGCAUGUCGGCAAAGACAAGUCUUAAUGUCUUUGGGGGAUUCAGGGAUGCGUCUGAGCGAUAGAUACAGAGCAAUCGAUCCUGACAUGGUGCCGACCCAAACUGACAGAGCCGAGGACAGAGUGGACUGCUCAGAGGCAGACCGGUCUCCGACCAGACACAGGGAUUCUCUGCUCGAUAUUAAGGUCAGUUAAGACGAUGAUCCAUGCCAUCUAAAACUACUCAGUGUUGCUCUCUGAUCUGGGAUUUUUAAAUCUUCUUGUAUGUGACGGAAUAAAAUGCUGAAUAACCUUUUAAAUUACUAUAUACACUGCCUGACUGAUUUAUACUAUACUUUAUAAUUUGCUAAAUCUGCUAAAUCACUGGACAAACAGUAAUUUGUUUGGCCAGAAUACAACUGUUCAGUGAGAAAAGCAAUAUCUAGAGGCGAAGGUAGAAGUUCAAUAAUUAAGUCAUAAAAAUAAGGUGUUUCUGUAAAUAAUAACUCACAGCUAAUCUAUUAAUUAUUUACCAAUGUUGAAUGAUGAAUAUGACUUAAAAAUAGAACAUCCUUGAUGUUGAUUUGCAUUUGCAGCAACAGAUGAACUGUGAGCCAUGAAAGUAAAUACUGAACAAGCACAAGCCAUAACAUCGUAGAUGAUAAUCCUCUCUGUUUUUACUGCGCUUGAUAUCGACGAGAAUCCUGUGCUCCCGCUGCCAGUGUGCUCAUCCAAGACUUUAACUUGUGAAAAAGAGAGAGAGAGAGAAAAAAGUGUAGAUUUUGCCACAAAAGAAACCGCAGGGGGUUGAUAGAGGAGACAGACAUUUUGCCUGUGUGAGAGUGAAAAGAGGAGCUCCAGGUUGGAGGCAGAAACUGUGACUGCGAGUGGAUGCAGAAGUGAGGAAGCGGCCGUCCCGCUGUCAGAGACACAAAAGAGUGAAAGCAGCAAAGCUACAGCUUGAGGGGAUUAUUGAUUGUUACUCAAACUGGAGGUUUUUUUUUUGUUUUUUUGUUUUUUUAACUUUACCCACCUGGAUAAAAUAGAAUCAGUUUGUACCUGAGCAAGAAAAACAGAUAAUAACCUUCAGAACGAACAAUAACCUCAAGUCCAGUAGAAGAAAAGAGGAAAAGUGACCAGUGAGAGAGAGAGAGAAAGGGAGAGAGAGAGACAGGGACAGAAACAGAGAGAGGCAGAAAGCAGGGAGGGGGUUCCCUUUAUUUCUCCCCUGUCUGGAUCCCUCUCGUCGUCACGCUGGCGGACGCGGCCAUGGCCUUCACCUUCGCGGCCUUCUGCUACAUGCUCACCUUGGUGCUGUGUGCAGCUCUCAUCUUCUUUGUCAUUUGGCAGAUUAUUGCAUUUGAUGAGCUCCGCACAGACUUCAAGAACCCCAUAGAUCAGAGCAACCCCACCAGAGCGAGGGAACGGAUUCUCAACAUCGAGAGGAUCUGCAACCUGCUCCGCAGAUUGGUGGUACCAGAGUACUCCAUCCACGGACUCUUCUGCCUGAUGUUCAUGUGUGCUGGAGAGUGGGUCACACUUGGCCUAAAUAUCCCGCUGCUCUUCUACCAUCUGUGGAGGUUUUUUCAUCGGCCGGCUGACGGCUCAGAGGUGAUGUAUGAUCCCGUCAGCGUGAUGAACGCAGACAUUCUCAACUACUGUCAGAAGGAGUCGUGGUGUAAACUGGGCUUUUAUUUGCUUUCCUUCUUCUAUUAUCUCUACAGCAUGGUCUACGCCCUCGUGAGCUUCUAACUAACAAGAGAGCUGAAGAUUAAUGGAGGGACCUCUGAUAAAGACAAAGAUAAGCAAACAGCAGACAAACUCUUCUCUUUCUACAUAUCUCUUCGGAUAUUGGCUGUCAAGUCUUGGACAAAAAUAAGAGAAGCAAUCUGAGUGAAUGUGAGUGUAAUGUUACUGCCUCUGUUCGGACCGCUGGCCAAAGUUUUUAAGGAUUAUAAAGAAUCAGAAACAGAGGACAGUGAUGUUUAUGAUGCCUUUGACCCAUUACAGGAUUUAACAAUAUCUUCUGAAGGGCUGGAUUUCACCCCAUGCUGCUCUUACUGAUCCAGCCGCUCAACUCACUGUGAAUCUACAAAACACUCUGGGGCUGGAAAAGAAAAUAAUAUGUCUGUAUUCUUUGACUUUGAAAAUGUAAAAGCAGGAUUGUUUUGGUAUUAUUCUGUGUAUAUGAACCUCAUGCAUUUAUGUGUUAGAACGGAGUUAAAUUGUGCAAAGAACCACUGAAAGAGAUGCAGAAGGUUUGGCACAGACGUUUGUAGCCAGAAUGGAGAUGACGCAUAUAACAGUAACAUCCAGGAACUUCUAAUAAGCUUGACUUUCAGGGUCAAUUGCUUGCAGUGUGCAUUAAAAUUUGUCUGUGUGUACUGUAGGUGUGAGGACAUGCUUCAUGCUUGAUUCAUACAAGCUUCAUUCUCAAAGAAUAUUACCAAAACUUGAGAGUUAAAAAACAUUGUGCCAAAUGUAGAAAAUACAAGUUAAUUAGGACGAGUGUAAAGAAAAAGCACGAGGCCAGCAAGAAGUUGCAGUACCUUGGGCCUUGACCUUGAUUUCGCUUUCUGUAACACACUUUCAAUUUUGGCACAAGGUUUUGCCUUUUUUUCCCUGAAAAAAAGGGGGGAAAAACUGUCCGGCUGUAUUUUUAGUUUACAGAGAGCACCUUAUUUCAAUAUUCCAGUGAAGCUUACUCUUACUCAUCUAUACUAGUAGUUAUUUUAGCACAGCAACUUUUCUCUGAUCAGAGGUAGAAUAGUGAUCUCAUGUACAAAAAGCAAUUAUUAACAGCAAACUAGCAUUGUAAUAUGAUUCAUGAGACAUGUCGAUGGCAUGAUAUUCAGUGUCACAUUAGCAGUGAGUGGUACACAAGCGUCAGAUGUGAAAAUAACGACUCUCUGACGGUGUCUUGGUCAUUUCAGAAGUGGAACCGCCGUGUGAAGUCAUCCUAAUACUUUUACAAUCAUGCUGUUUCAGAGAGGACAGAUGUAAGAUGAUUGUGAUUAGCAAAGCCUUUCCAAAGCUGGCACCGUCUUUGCUGACAUGUGUUUAUUAGUCUGGUCUAUUCUACAUAAGUGACGGUUCGAAUGUGUGAUUUAGGUAGAAAAAUAGAUGCUGUAGUAGCCUGAGAACAAGCUGUGAUGUUAUUUGCCAGUUCCACGUGUCAUAACUGAUGGAGACAGCAGGAAAAACACAUCCUGAGCACUGCGGCCUAAUGAAGUCGUUUCUAGUUGUUGUUUAAAAAAAAAAAAAGGAUUUAAAGAUAAAAUUUACAAAUUAAACUUUCAUGAUUUAACAGCAUUUGCAUCACUGAUCCAAAAUGACCAUUGACACAAAUCGCUGAUGGAAACUGUGAUCAUGAACAUCCAAUUUUAUAACUUUUCUCUCCAACGCUGUGUUAGCAUUGCAGGGUGGUAAAUUAACGCCUUCAAGGUGAGAAUGAUGUGAUCUUCACGCCUGAUCCAGUGGCUUAUGUGCUAAAGCUAGUAUAUGAAAGAUUGCAGGAGUGGACUUUAAAAAGAAAUCACAGGAGAGUGAUUUAGUCCGCUUGCAAUUCACAAAUUUGCAUCACCAGAAAAGAAGCAUGCGCUAAAUUCAGUGAGGAUAAAUACCACUCGUGCAACACUUUUGGGAGGAAAACGACAUGUCUCAUGGCUAGAAUAGAAGGCUGUGACACACCACCGUGUUUUCAUUAUCUAGCUGUUACCAGAUAUCUGAGGGGUGGAUGCUUGCUUGCAGCCAUCACUCAGAAAACAUGCGUCUAAUUACAAAUAGAUAACUGUUUGUGGUGAUUAGAAUCCCAGGGCCAUUGUUAUGUAUUCUCUGUUUGAUUCUUAAGGUUAGCUAAAGUAAUAAUCACGAGGCACAGUAGCUCUUUAACUCUCGAUUCAUGUGGGCCUUUUCUGAGAAAGAAAUAGCAGAAUGAGGUCUAUUUCUCCCCAAAAUACUUGUUGUUUCAACAAAAAAAUAAAGUCUUAGCAGAAGUAUCCAUUUAGAUAAAAUAAAUAUUUAUUUUUUUAACAAAUGACAUUGUCUUAUAUUAGCUUCAGUUGAAAAAACGAUUUACUUUUAAUCAUUUUGUGUUAGCAUGACCGAAUCUACAACCAAUGAAGCAACUUUAAUAGGCUGUCAGUGUUUUUGGAGGCGUGGAGUUGGACUGGAGAUGUGUCAAAUGAUCCAAAUAUAAGAGUAAUCACGGGACAUGGAGACCUUAAAACCCUGCCAACAGUGUGUAAGUGAGUCUGGACAAUCACUAUCAAAGCACAGGAACAUGAGGAAAAAUAAAGCUCAGUUGAAUGUCAUGACGUAGUUGCUUUAAAUAAAGCCUUUUAGAGAUUUUAAUUUAAGUAUAUCUAUUUAUAUCUGUCUUUUAUACAUUCCACAUCAAUGUGUGCUACAGUAAAG